CCCUCCCUCCCCCCUCCCCCAUCCCCUCUCCCCUCCCCUCCACCCCUCCCCUCUCCCCUCCCCUCCACCCCUCCCCUCUCCCCUCCCCUCCACCCCUCCCCUCUCCCCUCCCCUCCACCCCUCCCCUCCCCCCUCCCCUCUCUCCUCUCUCCCCUCCCCCCUCCCCCUCCCCUCUCUCCUCUCUCCCCCCUCCCCUCCCCCUCCCCCGUCUCCUCUCCCCUCCCCCUCCCCUCUCUCCCCUCCCCUCCUCCCCUCUCUCCUCUCCCCUCCCCUCUCCCUCUCCCCUCCCCUCCUCCUCCUCCACCCCUCCCCUCUCCCCCCCCUCCGACCCUCCCCUCUCCCUCCCCCCUCCGCCCCCCUCUCCCUCCCCCCUCCGCCCCCCUCUCCCUCCCCCCUCCGCCCCCCUCUCCCUCCCCCCUCCGCCCCCCCUCCCUCCCCCCUCCGCCCCUCCCCUCCCUCUCCUCCCCUCUCCCUCUCCUCCCCUCUCCCUCCCCUCCCUCUCCUCCCCCCCCCUCCCCUCCUGUCCCUCCCCUCCCUGCCCCCUCCCCUCCCAUCUCCAUCCCCUCCUCCCCUCCCCCUCCCCUCCCAUCUCCAUUCCCUCCUCCCCUCCCCCUCCCCCCUCCCCCCUCCCCUCCCCCUUUCCCCUCCCCUCCGCCUUUCCCCUCCCCUCCCCCUUUCCCCUCCCCUCCCCCCUCCCCCUUUCCCCUCCCCUCCCCCCUCCCCCUUUCCCCUCCCCUCCCCCCUCCCCUCCCCUCUCCCCUCCCCUCUCCCCUUCCCCUCCACUCUCCCCUCCCCUCUCCCCUUCCCCUCCCCUCCCCUCCCCCCUCCCCUCUCCCCUUCCCCUCCCCUCCCUUCCCCCCUUCCCCUCCCCUCCCCCCUUCCCCUCCCCUCACCCCUUCCCCUCCCCUCCCCCCUCCCCCCUCACCUCCCCCCCCCUUCCCUCCCCCUUCCCCUCCCCCUUCCCCUCCCCCUCCCCCUUCCCCUUCCCCUCCCCCUCCCCCUUCCCCUCCCCCUUCCCCUCCCCCUCCCCCUCCCCCUCCCCCUUCCCCUCCCCCUCCCCCUCCCCCUCCCCCUUCCCCUCCCCCUCCCCUCCCCCUUCCCCUCCCCCCUCCCCUCCCCCCUUCCCCCUCC